AUGCCACCUAAGUCUACCAACAAUGUUACUGUCCGUUGUAAAUCACGGGUCAUCGCGGGAGCUCCCCGUCCGAUGAACGGUUCGUCUUACACCACCGACGAAAUCGAUUCUCUCACCCCUGAGCAAGUGGCGUGGGUUGAGGAGAACCCGGACUUUUGGAGCGGAGCUGAGGAUGACGACUCUGGACAGGAUGAAUACGAGGAUGUUCCUCAGGAUGGCGAGGGACGUUUUGUAGAGAAUUACGCUCUCAAAGACUCGAAGGUCGCUGUGUCGUCUUCUGUGGCUACUGGUCGCCCAGUGGCUCCUUCUGAGGAGCCAGCUGUUGUUCAUUCCGAUGGAAUGGACGUCGACAGUAAUGAUACUGUCAAACAUCCUCCUCGCCAUGUGACGUAUCGUGGCAAUACUUAUCCUUGUGUCUCUAUGUUUGCGCCGGCCAAUGCUGGUCCUCCUACGGGUGAAGGGAUUGCCUCUGUGGCUCCUCCGGCGGAUUUUUCUCGCCCUAAUGUUGCCGACUACGGUCCGUUGCCGGCUCAGGUUUAUCUGACCGAUGUGACUAAGGUGAUGAAGGGGUGGAAUCGUGAAAUUGUUCCAAAUUUUAGUGGAACCGACGGCAAGGAGGUUUGCAACUGGUUGAAUAAGUUGUCGAUCGAGCUGGCGGUUCGUUUUGUCCACCCUGGCAUCUGGCAUCAAGUUGGGAUCAGGUGCCUUGUCGGAAAGGCUCGAGAGGAUUAUAAUGAUGUGAUGCGUGUUGGGCGCGAUCCUCGUUCUUGGGAUGCUUUUGCCGAUUGGUUGAUUGACCUCAACCCUGAAAUGUCAAAUAAAGUUGCUGUGGCGUUGGAGUACGCCUCUCUCCGUAUGAGACCUAACGAGACCGCUCAGAAUUUUUAUAAUUGGUUUCGUGACUGGCAAAUUAAUGCGAAGAUAUAUAAUUAUCUUCAUGAUCCCUGUACUGGCUUUGUUGAACGUUUGGUGCCGGAUUUGAGGUUGCGGGUCAAGGAUCAGGUGGCGGCGGAGGCGAACCAACGAACUCCGAUGGAUUUCUCUAGGAUCGCCACUUUUGCCAUGGACACCGAUCGUCGAGUCAAGAAAGCUGCGGCCGAGGCUUCUAAGCGUUCUUCGGGUUCACGUGGAGGUUUUCCUGGUCCGUCGGGUUCGAAGAAAGAGGUCGACUUGGGGGAAGGUUCGCCUGGCAAGAAGAAGACCGAGGGGACCAGGAACUGUUACAAUUGUGGCAAGCCGGGACACGUUAGCGCUAAGUGUCACCAACCGAAGUCUGAUCGUCAACGCCAAUACGAGGCUUUGGCUGCGUCCGGAAAGGCCAAAUCUUUAAAUGCUUAG